CCAGAGCCUAGCUCAGCCCAAACUCACUGCCUGGAUCCUGAUCACACUGACCACACUGCAGAGGCAGACAGAGAGCAACACACCUGACACGCACUUACCCGUCAUGGAGAGUCUGACAGUACCUGUUGUGGUUGGAACUUCUGUGGUGGUCCUCUCUGGGCUCUACUUCCUCCUCCGAGGUGAUAAGAAGAAGAAGCCGCUUCCACAGACACUACAAGAUUCUACAGUUAAAUAUCCACUGCCACUCAUAGAGAAAGAGGAUAUAAGCCAUGAUACAAGGCGCUUUCGCUUUGGCCUUCCCUCUCCCACACAUGUCCUUGGACUGCCAGUAGGACAGCAUGUGUACCUGUCAGCUAAGGUGAAUGGGAGCCUGGUCAUCCGGGCCUACACUCCUGUCUCCAGUGAUGAGGACCAGGGCUUUGUGGACCUGGUGGUCAAGGUGUACUACAAAAACACUCAUCCUAACUAUCCUGACGGAGGAAAGAUGUCCCAGUACCUGGACGCCAUGAGCAUUGGGGACAAAAUAGAUUUCAGAGGACCCAAUGGACUCCUUGUAUACACAGGAAAUGGCAAAUUUGCCAUUCGACCUGAUAAGAAGUCUGAGGCCAAGGUCCGCAAGUUUAAACAUGUGGGAAUGAUCGCUGGUGGAACAGGGAUUACCCCCAUGCUGCAGCUGAUUCGCAGUAUUACAGGAGACCCUGCAGACAACACCAAGUGCUCGCUCAUAUUUGCUAACCAGACUGACAAGGAUAUCCUACUGCGGGAUGAACUAGAGGAGGUGCUGAAGAGUCACUCUGACCAACUCAACCUGUCCUACACUCUGGACAAGCCUCCACAGGACUGGAAGUACAGCUCAGGAUUUGUGAACGCUAAUAUGAUGAAAGAGCACCUUCCCCCGGCAUCCAACGAUGUGCUUAUUGUCAUGUGUGGCCCACCCCCCAUGAUCCAGCAUGCAUGCCUCCCCAACCUUUCCACUCUGGGCUACAAGGCAGAGAACACAUUCACAUACUAGUAACUCCCAGGCCUUGCCAACUAGGCAUAGAACCCCAUAUAUACAUUAAACUGCACCAGGACAUUUGAGACCAUUUGUUAUAUUGACUUAUCUGUGUAGAAUAUAAUGUAAAAGCCUACACUACAAGACCAAAGGGAUAUUUUCUAGGGGUUUUAAUAAAAGAAAAUGUAAUAUUUUCAUGUUUAACAUUCAAAGAACAGUUUGAACUGUUUUGUGUUAGAAAGACUGUAAUAAGGUUGGUUGGGUUUUGGAACGUUUGGACUGUUCCAGUAACAAUUUGUCUAGAUAAGUAUUGUCUCCAAAGCUUUUUGACGUGCUAUUUUUAACCCUCCUGCUGUGUUCGGGUUGAAUUGGACCGAUUUACAAGUUUUCUCUCUGAAAAAUGUAGUUCAUUUAAUCUGAUUGUCAUAAGGUUCCAU